CUGGUGAGUCAGUGACUAUAUAAACAACACCGCACAGAGAGAAAAAACAAACAAAAAAAACUUCUCUGCGUUUAUAUGCUGGUGGAAAUCCAUAAUUUAGGUAUAUGGAUAUGCAUGUGUGAUGCAUUAUAUCAUGCCGUUUCCAAAUGUUAACUUGUCGAUUUGGACGAAUGCAAAUCAUGGGGAAAAUCUAGAUAUAAAAUGACUGGACACGGGUGCUUUCCGUGCUGGUGUUUUUACUGGCUGGCUUUUAAAAUUGUGUUUGUAGUGUCUAAAUGAAACAGGCGCAGGCAUUCGCAGUAUCGCAGAAUACCAUGUAGUGUUAUCUAGUAGUCGCACUGUACUUGAGGGGUACCUGCUGGGUUUAUUAUAUAGCUUUCUGUUUCUAAUACAGACACGGAAUACAAGUUUGCUUACUAAACGGUGCAGAAGAAGCGCAAGGUAUUCAUUUGAUAUCUAGAAUAUACGUUUUCAAAUUAGAUAACGUAGAUACCACGCGUACUGUACAUUCUUAACACAGGGAAAUAAAUGGUGGACGAAACUAUCAGCGAGUCCCUCCCGGACCUAAAAGACGUGGAAAGUAAAAUCGGCAGAAAAACGCCAGAAGGGUUGCUGAGAUGGCUGCGAGAGGACUCUGCUCACCUUCUCGGGGACAACACCCUGAACCCCGGGGAGAGCGAAGAGCGCGGCCCGCUCCCGGGGAAGAAAGGUCUGGCUGAAAAAAUACGAGACUUAAAACUCGAAAUGGCCUACCUGCGCUCCACUGACGUGAAGAUCCUUCAGCAGCUGGUCGCGGUGAAUGAGGGGAUCGAGGCGGUCAAGUGGAUUCUGGAGGAGAAGGGCAACCUGGCCAGUCGAUGUAGCAGCCUGACCAGCAGCCAGUACAGCCUGGUGGAGAGCCAGGAGACCUCCAGGAGAGGCAGCUGGAACAGUUUGGUGGAGAGUCAGGAGACCUCCAGCCUGCAGGACCCCCACGACAAACUGGACAGCAUCUCCAUCGGCAGCUACCUGGACACCUUGGCAGACGAUAUGGACGAGUACUGCCCAUCCAGUUCAGAGUCCGCGAUCUGCUCCUCCCCUAAGGGCCACAGAGGCCCCUGUGGCAGGUCUGAGCAGGAGCAGCAGUGGGGUGGUGGAGGAGGCAAAACCUGCGGACAGGGCUCUCCUUUACACAGAACACACUUCUUUAGGGAGAACCAGGGCUGGGGUAAGCCAGCCCAGCACCCUUCCAAAGUGGAGUCCAGCAGAGUUAACAGGGAGCUGCUUCCUUCAAAGUCACGUAGCCUAGGGAACAGCUAUCUGGACAAACCGGGUGCUGACCUUGACCGCAUCCCGGAGGCAAGGCCUCCUUUAACGGAGAAGCAAUACAAAGGCAGCCCCAAGCUGAACCCCUCUAUAAACGGUAAAAUAGAUUUGGACAGCUGUAAACUGAACACUAAGAUCCACCUGGAGUAUGAUGCGCACUGGCGCUGGGUGCAGUCUCAGGACGAUGUGACGUUCUUGUAAGAGAGGGAGAACCCCGACAGGCAUCAGGGGUGAAGUGCCACCCCCACCCCCAGGGCACCGAAAUUUAACCUAGCCACAAGCUAUGAGGUGUUCCCAAGCAGAACUGGCACAAUGCUAGGUUUCAGGUGCUCAGUGUGAUUCUAGAAUGUUACAAAACUUUACGCUUCUGGAAUCUUAACAAAAACCUAACUAUGUAAACUUGUUGAGGACAUCAGAUCGGAAGUAAUUUGAGUUGAUUUGAGACACAAUUUACAGGGAUGAAAAAUGAACGCUUUGUUUUUGCCUUGUUUUCCAUGCAGCAGUAAAUAUUAAUAUAUCACUCCAUCCCAUCACCCUUUUUCUUUCUGAAAACGCAAUGUGCUUGCAGCCCAGUAUGAUGCUUUCCAUUACCGUGCCUGCAGUUUGUACAGAUUUUAAAUCUUUGAUGCCUCCAGAUUCCCUCUCCUGUGGGAUCCAGAUACAGAAGCACCACGUGUACAUGCUAGAGCUUCAGCCAACAGCAGUGCAACACAGAAACGCUAGAGCUUCAACCACAGCAGUGCAACACAGAAGAGGGCCUGUGCAUUCAUUCAUUCAUACAGCAUUUUAUUGAUACAGAUUUAAAUUUAUUUUUUUCUGAAGUUUGUCCAUGAGAAACCCUUUUAAUUGAUACACCUGCCAUUUGUUUUUACAUUGGGAAUAUAUACUACAACAGAUGGCAGCCGUAUCAUUGUAGAGAUGCACGAUAAUGCAGUCAGAGCACAACUAUAGGAGCAGUGUUCUUUUUGCAGGACAAACCAAACCACAUUGCUCUGUGAUCACAAUGCUGUAGAGUUCAUACUGUUGGAUUUCACCUUCUUGCCGUGGACAAUAUCUCAAUAAACUAACCUAAAAACUGACAGCAUCCAACAUGAUUAACAUUCCUGUUAAUAACUCAUCUAGGGAUUUGAGUUGCUGGUACAAGCAGGAGAAUGACUGUGCUAACAUGCAAUAAAACAGAAUCUGGAACAUCAAGCAAGACUGUUUGAUGACAAACACAAUUUGCAAAACAAUGUAGCUGAACUCGCUUGAGGAAAUGCCGGUGCCAAAACACAGCUUUAAGAACAGGCAUUGGUCAUGUCUGUGAGAGUGCAUUCAUUAGCAUUACCCACCUCUUCUUUUUGUAAAUCUAACAAAGUAGCAGUGGAUGUGAAAAUAACCUUCUUAGCCAACAUAGUAGCUGACCCACGAUUGACAGAAAACAGCUCUCCCGUAAUCUGCUUUCUUCAGAGGGAAAACAUCAUCUUCACAUCCUCCUCUAGUUUUGAAAUGGGGAAAGGGUUCAACUAAUCCUCCAGUUCCAACCUGCUGUAGGAUUAGGGGUUGAGGUGGGGGUGGGGGUUGAUGGUUAAUAUUAGUGUGACCCUCAGGUUACUGUUGAUUACAUCACCUCAACUUGAGGGACAGAAUGGUCUGCUGAGCAGCAUACUGAUGGGCAAUUCCACAACACAUGCAUGACCAUCAUGUUUCUCUCUCCAUACCCUCCAUGGAAGCUUAAUAGUCCACGUAGUUUGUGUCUAGACCAGGGUUUGUUGUCAACUAAUUGCUUUUGGGAAGAAAAAAAAACUGAAACAAAUCUUUCUAUGUGUUUUUGUGUGUGUGUGUGUCCUUACCAACUCUCUCAGAUGUGGUUCGUCAAUUAGUAUGGAAAUGAUAUUCUGAAUUUGCCAAAGCUGAAUGUGCUUUUGAAUUGGGAGGAAGAAAAGCCAUUGAAGUGAUGUCGCUGGGGGUUGCUGCUGCCAAGCAGCGUUUCUUCUGGUGUUUGAACUGGAUUGUAUUUAGUGUGUAAUGGUCAGCAGAUUGAAUAGAAGUAUUUUUUUGUGAGAUAAUGUUUCAUAAUUCACAGAUUUACAUUAUGGUAAUUAGGUAAACAUAUAUACAUUUGGUAAAAAGUCAAAUUUGCCCAAGACUUUGAUGCUGUAAUUGUUUCUGGUUAGCUUUGUAUUUUUUUUCCCCUUACCAUACUUGCAGUAAAACGUGGAAUGGCUCAAACUGCUGUGCAUUGGGAGUCAAAUCCAGAGAGAACUUGCAGUAUCUACGAUAUAGGAAUGCGCCAAAGCACCUAUAAAUUCUUUGAUUGGAGAUAAUUGCAUUCAGGUACAUUCACCUUAUUGUUCUGUAGGUUUACUGGGUCAUUUUUAUAGCAGACUGUACAGAGCAUACAAACAAGGUGUCUCCACUGGUCUGUCACAGAUACUUCGAUGCUGAACAGCAUUAGCGUUUACAGUCAAAGCGUUUAGAGCACAAGUCAGCUGGCUGCCAGUCUGCAGAUCAGCUCUUGAAUUUCAGUUGACGAAGCUCAUUUAGACAAGAUUAAGCUGGGGAGGGUUCUUUCCAGAUUAAACCAAUUCCAUUGUCUUUGUCCCGCUUGUGCUCUAUCGGUAAGUCAGCUGUCCUGCACUGUACUUGUCAGCACAGUGGUGCAGCACUGUACUGUACGUGUAUCGGAAACUCACAAUGAGCAGCAGCUGGGCCCUUUUACUGAACAAAAUCAGGUGCUGCUAUGAGGAUUGAAUUUCCAUAUCUGACACAUAAACCCAUCGGAGAGAUGGGAUGCAGAUGCACCUUUUUCUACAGAAUCAGUGCCCUGUUCUACUGAAUCGAUACAAUAUAUAUCCCAAAAUGAAAAAGGGCAAGCUCUUUGAAGAACAUGCUGCAGAUACUGUAAAUUCCUGAUUAAUUUCUAUUGCAUUUUAUUUUUUUAAUUAUUUGUUUUGAUUUGUUUAUUUAAGCAGGAGAUUGACCCAUUUAGAGCGAGGCCUCAUUUACAAGGGGGUCCUGGAAAUUGUAAUGCUGCAUCAAUACUGCAGUAUCUCAGUGUGGGCUGUAGCUGGUUCAGGACCCCCAUUCAUAACGCUGCCUGAGAUCUGUGCUGCUUCUCCAGGGUGGUCCCAUGGUGAAGUGAUUGUGAGCGCUAGUAAAUAAGCUUUGUCUCUUAGUUCCAGUGGGGAGGUGCAGAGCUGUCGGGCCACAUUGAUUUAUUGCUGCCUCGUCCCAGACAGGAUUGAGAGGACACUGCAUCAAUCAACUGGCCGUCUUCUUUUUAUUCAAGGGUUCCUAAUGGAGCUGGGAAGGUGUAG